CGGCCCUCCUGGACCUUUGCUGCUGCAGCGGAGCGACUGCCGCCGGCGCGCGACUCCGGGGCCAGGUCGCUCGCGGCCGGGGUCCCGACGCUAGGCUGCUGGCGGGAGGGGCGGUUCCGGAGCCUCCCGCCUGCGAAGCGCGGCCUGGCGAGGCAUCGCCCCAGGAGCCCCAAGCCUGGGGAGAUCCACCUUCUGGAGACUGCACCCACCCUGGGGGGAAGAGCCCAGAAAAGACAUGGCUCCUGAGCAAAGGGAAGCAAGGUCCCAGGUAUCAGUAACGUUCGAGGAUGUGGCUGUGCUCUUUACUCGAGAUGAGUGGAGAAAGCUGGAUCCUUCUCAGAGAAGCUUGUACCGGGAGGUGAUGCUGGAGAACUAUAGUAACCUGGCCUCACUGGGAAGACUCCCAUUUAUUAAACCAAAAGUGAUAUCCCUGUUGCAGCAAGGAGAAGAUCCCUGGAAGAUGGAGAAAGGAAGUCCUGGAGGCUCCUCUCUUGUAUGGAAGAGCAAUCAUAAGACCACAAAGUCAACUCAAACACAGGACUCUUCACUUCAGAGACUGAUAAUGAACAGACACAAAAGGAGUGAACCUGAACCCUUGGACUUGAAAUCUGAAAAAUCGUGCAUGUAUGAAGACAAAUUAGAGAAAAAACAGGAUAAAAAGGAAAAUUUUCAGAUAGUUUCAAUCACCCACAGAAAAACCGUGACUGUAGAAAGAAGCCAUAAAAAUGUUGAAUUUAGCCAGAACGUCAACCCAAAGUCAAUCAUUGUUAGGCAACAGAUAGUUUCCAGAGAGAAAACACCACCAAAAUGUGAAAAAAAAGGAAACACUUUCAAACAGAAUUCAAAUUUACCUAAUCAGCCAAAAAUGACAGCAGAUAAGCGCUAUCAAUGUAGUAUGUGUGAGAAAACCUUCAUUAAUACUUCAUCCCUUCGUAAACAUGAGAAAAAUCAUAGUGGAGAGAAAUUAUUUAAAUGUAAAGAGUGUUCCAAAGCCUUUAGCCAAAGUUCGGCUCUUAUUCAACAUCAAAUAACUCACACUGGAGAGAAACCCUACAUAUGUAAAGAAUGUGGGAAAGCCUUCACUCUCAGUACAUCCCUGUAUAAGCAUCUAAGAACCCACACUGUAGAGAAAUCCUAUAGAUGUAAGGAAUGUGGUAAGUCCUUCAGCCGAAGGUCAGGCCUUUUUAUACAUCAGAAAAUCCAUGCUGGAGAAAACCCUUAUAAAUAUAAUCCAGGUAGGAAGGCAUCGAGUUGCAGCACACCUCUUCCUGGUCAAAGAAUUCAUCCCAGAAAGAAGUCCUACUUGUGUAAUGAAUGUGGCAAUACCUUUAAGUCUAGUUCAUCUCUUCGUUAUCAUCAGAGAAUUCACACCGGAGAGAAACCUUUCAAAUGCAGUGAAUGUGGGAGAGCCUUCAGUCAGAGUGCAUCACUUAUUCAACAUGAACGAAUUCACACUGGAGAAAAGCCCUAUCGAUGUAAUGAAUGUGGAAAAGGCUUCACUUCUAUUUCACGGCUCAAUAGACAUCGAAUAAUUCAUACUGGUGAGAAGUUUUAUAAUUGUAAUGAAUGUGGCAAGGCCUUAAGUUCCCAUUCAACACUUAUCAUUCAUGAGAGAAUUCACACUGGAGAGAAACCAUGUAAAUGUAAAGUGUGUGGGAAAGCCUUCAGGCAGAGUUCAGCUCUCAUUCAGCAUCAGAGAAUGCAUACCGGAGAAAGACCCUACAAAUGCAAUGAGUGUGGGAAAACAUUCAGGUGUAACUCAUCCCUUAGUAAUCAUCAGAGAAUCCAUACUGGAGAGAAACCCUAUCGAUGUGGGGAAUGUGGGAUGUCAUUUGGCCAAAGUUCAGCCCUUAUUCAACAUCGAAGGAUUCAUACAGGAGAGAAACCCUUUAAAUGUAAUACAUGUGGGAAAACUUUUAGACAAAGCUCCUCACGUAUUGCACACCAGAGGAUUCAUACAGGAGAGAAACCCUAUGAGUGCAAUACAUGUGGGAAACUUUUCAACCACAGGUCAUCCCUUACUAAUCACUAUAAAAUCCAUAUGGAAGAAGAACCCUAGAAAGUAGAUUUGCAUGUGUGGAAGCCUUAAACCAAAGCGCAUCAGAGAAUAAAUACUGAAGAGUGAUGUAAUAAAUGUAAUGGAUAUGAAAAAAGCCUAUAAUCAUUUAGUGUCCAUCAGCUAUCAAAUCCCAUGGAUAAACAUUGGUUAUGUAACAAAUAAAAGCAUUCAUGCCUAUCGGACAUUUUAAAAAAUAACCUGAGAAUUCAUAAGUGGAGACACUAACUUUGGGCAUUUGUAAAAUAAAAGGUGUUUGUUUUUCCUCUUUCCUACAGCAGUGUAUUCUAGAUAUCACAUGUGAUCAUCUUAAACAUCUAAGUCGGUAGGGAUUUCUCAUAAAAACAUCAAACUCUACACCAGUAAUAUUUUUUAUAACAUUUUAGAAGCUUAUGAAUGAAUGAGUCAAAAAAUAUACAUUUUUAGUGAAAAGGACCAAAAUAAAAGAUUAAAAUGAAUGGUAAACUAUCUCUCAGUCUCUGGGAUUUAUCCUUUUCUUGUCUUGGUAUCAAACUUUGCACAUGGAUUUCACUUUUUAAAAAAAGGUUUCAUUAAAAAAGAAAGAAAGAA